AUGGGGGUUAUUUUACCAGCAGGGACGAAACUAAAACCUAUGCGCCGAAAGGUUGAAUUUCGGGAUUGUAGAAAGCAUCGAAAGGAAGAUUUCCACAAAGCUUUAGCAGAAGAAGAUUGGGAGGAUGUAUCGCAGUCCACGAAUGUAAAUGACACUGUGAAUUGUCUUGAACGUAAGAUCAUGGAUCAUAUGAAUAAAUGUAUGCCCACAAAAACAGUCUCAAUUUCGUCACGUGACCCUUACUGGAUGAGUCCUUUAAUUAAAUCUUUGCUAAAAUCUAAAUCCAGAAUUGCUCGGUCGCAAAAGGAUAGACUCAGUUUAAUUAACAAAAGGAUUUCUGAUGUCAUUUGUCAAAACAGAAGAAAUUUUAGGGCCUUGGUGGGAAGUAGAACUUGGUGGAGAAAGGCGAAUGAUAUUUCUCAGCGAAAUGCAUCGUCAUCAAGAGUUACUUUAGAUAAUGCAUCACUUACAAGAUUAAAUCGCUACUUUGGCGAACUCUGCCACGAUGAUAGUUAUGUCGAACCGACGCUCUCAAUUAUUGGUGAUGAAGUAGAUAUUCCUAGCUUUACGGAACAGCAGGUAUGGAAUGCCUUGAAAAGAAUAAAGAGGACAGCAACAGGUCCCGAUUAUAUUCCCUAUUGGGUUUGGAAUGAUCAUGCGGAAAUUCUAACCGAAGUUAUAACUAACGUCUGGUAUUUGUCCCUUUCAUCACAUACUUGGCCAGAUUCAUGGAAAAGAGCGAAUAUUAACCCUCUUGCAAAGGUUGAUUUACCAAAGGAAGAUGGUGACUUUCGUGGAAUAAAUAUUACACCUGUAAUUGCGAGGACCUUCGAAAAGCUCGUUUAUAAUAGUCAGGUCAAGUCGACAGUUGAGGAAAUUUUAUCCCCAACGCAAUUUGCGUACAGGCAGGGGGGGAGUUGUACAAACGCUCUGUUAACUAUUCAGAACAAAGUACUCAGCUUCUUAGAUAGAGCGGACUGCAAAGCAGUUAGACUGUUUUCUAUGGAUUUUAGCAAGGCUUUCGACUCAGUGAAACAUUCACUCCUCUCGGAAAAGUUAAAAACUGUGCCACUCAACCCUUAUAUCAUAAAUUGGUAUUUAAAUUUUCUAAAGAAUAGAAAGCAAAGAGUCGUUUGUAACAAUUUUUGUGGAGAAUGGAUGGAUGUUAAUAAGGGUACAACACAGGGGAGCGUAAGUGGCCCCUACCUUUUUAAUAUUUUCCUAAAUGAUUUAGAGGUGGACAUAGACGGCGAGAACGCUCUUUUUAAAUAUGCGGACGAUUCAAAUAUAAUAGUGCCAGUUUGGAGUGAGGGUCCUGAUACAUCAACAGAUACAGUUGGACAAUUCCUGAGCUGGUCUGAUGAUAAUUUUAUGACUUGUAACCCUGGUAAAUGUAAAGAGCUUAUCAUCCUGAAGAAGCGAUAUAAUGAUCAACUUGACAAUGUUUAUAAUAUACCCCAAUGCAAAGAACUUCCAAUUUUAGGUACUACUUUUCAAGACAAUCUCAAGUUCACCAGUCAUGUGCGAGGUAAAUUGGUCAAAGCAAACAAAUGCUUGUACGUUAUACGAACACUCAGGGCAGAAGGCUAUAGCCAAUGUGAGAUAGAUUAUCUAUUUAAGACCCUAGUAAUAUCUACUAUAACGUUUGGCCUGUCCAUCUACGGUUCUUCUCCAGCCUAA